CCGGGGCCAUAAAACUUAGCUAGCUCAGAUCUGAGACCGGAAAAAAAAUCUCAGAUAUUGAUCUCAACUUAGUUCGUCUCACUUAGAGUGUGCCAUAAAGGAAGUUUAAGCUCACUUAAGAAAGUCUAAUUUGAGACAGAAAGUGAGAUCUAAACUUAGCAGGAUAUCAAGUGAAUUGUGGAUGAUCUUUGUUUGACACAUGGCAGUGCCACGCCCACUAUAUUGCGCAAUAAAAAUAUAUGCAUAAAAAAAUAUGAAAAUAAAUUUUAUAAAUGUAACUAUUACUCAGUGUUAUCUUUUCCUAGUUCGUAUGCAUAUUGUUACGUCAUUUUACGUUAAUUGACGUCAUCAGCGUCAAUCAACGUAGCAGCCGAUAUGGGUGAACGGGAAAUUGAUUAUCUCAUAAGCAAAAACGUCGAAAAAACGAUGAACCAGGUCCAAAACGAGCCAUACUGGACUCCGUUGGAGAGGGAAAUUCUCUAUGAAGAAGUUUCCAAAAGAAUUGAAGUCAUUGAUGGAAAGUUCAAAGGGGCGAGUAGCGGCAAGGCCGAGAAAAACCGAGCCUGGCUUGAAGUAACGGACGUUGUUAAUGCAAAGGGAACGGUCAAAAAGAGAACAGUCAAGCAAGUUAAGAAGCAAUGGUCAAAUAUGAAGCAGCGAGCCAAAAAAAUCAACAGUCAAACAAAAUAUCCAGGGACAGGUGGUGGUCCAAAGCCCCCGUCUCCCUCCCCCAUGGAUGAGGCCAUGUUGACCUUCCUAGCAGGAAAGCCCUCAAUGGAUGGAAUAGAUGGGGGUUUGGAAACGGCUUGUACAGCUACAGGAGAUCAACCCCAACUUCCAGAAUCAGAGGAAGCUUCAUGCAGGACUGCAUGUACCAGUACAAGUGUACCGGUCCAGCAGAUGGCUGACAAGAAUCCUCCCAAGAGAAAGAGAAGUAGGGACAUCAGCGAGAUACACUUGGAGGUGUUGGAAGCUGAGAAAGACAAAUUAAGAUUGGAGAGUGAUUACAUUAAGCUGAAAAUGAAGAAGGUGUCUGCAGAACUGGAAUUAAUCGAGAUGCAGAAAAACUCUUUAAGAAAUGGCUCUUUGAACUACUUGUCUCUCUCUCAAUUUUCAGAAGUUUAAUCCAGUAUUUUGAAAAAAAUCUUUCCUCAUAGCUAGUAAUUGAUAUUUUUGCCUUUUUUGUGUGUGGUUUUUUUUUUUGGGGGGGGGGGUUGUUUGAUCAUACAUUUAUUUAAAAUUACCAUAUGGUUUUAUAGCUUUUUAGCUUUUUAAAAAGGAACA